AUGAACGAAAAAACGACGACGGGCGUGAUCUCUCAUAGUGAGAAUGUCGUCCCCGUCACCAAGCCCGAGCUGCCUCACGCGGCUCGAGGCCCCGCCCUCAAUUUGAUCGAGAAUCCAUUGACACGCAAAUCUCCGGAGCAGGUAGUCAUUGACGCACGCGCAUGGGCUGAGGCACACCAGAUGUCAGAGCACGCCGACAUAUUUGCUCGGGGUGCACUGGUCGCGCGGGACCCCCAGCGAUUCGAGUCGAUCGGCGAACUGGAGGACUCGGAACGAGCGGCGCUCAUCUACGAAAGAGAUCACAAAUGGCAUGGUCCAGUCAUGCUCUGGUACUCAAUCGCCCUAUGUGCUAUUGGCGCCGCGACGCAAGGAUGGGAUCAGACCGGGUCUAAUGGAGCCAAUCUGUCUUUUCCGGAAGAAUUCGGGAUUAAUGGUGAGGGGAGAGACGAAUGGAUUGUAGGACUGGUCAAUGCGAUUAUCUUCUUAACCGCUGGUCUGAUUACUGAUGGAGGACUUAGUGGCGCGUUUAUUGUUGAUCCGCUUAACCACUACUUGGGCCGACGGGGCGAAAUCUUCGUCACUGCCUGCUGUCUGACCGCCACACCCAUCGGCUCUGCAUUUGCCAAGUCAUGGCAAGGGUUGUUCGCUGCUCGGUUUGUCAUGGGCAUUGGCAUCGGAGCGAAGAACGCGACCGUGCCGAUUUACUCGGCGGAAAUGGCGCCUGCGCGGAUUCGAGGUGCUUUGGUCAUGUUCUGGCAACUGUGGGUUGUCGCAGGUAUCUUCUUAGGAUUUGCCGCCAAUGUCAUCGUUAAAGAUACCGGUCGCAUCGCGUGGCGCCUGCAACUCGGAUCGGCUUUCAUUCCCUCCUUCAUCCUCGGAGUGGGAAUCUUCUUCUGCCCGGAAUCCCCCCGUUGGCUGAUGAAGCACGGCCGGUACGCGCAAGGGUUCCAAUCGAUGAUGCGCUUACGCGCCCAUCCCAUCAUCGCCGCGCGAGACUACUACUAUUCGUAUGUGAUCUACGAGGAGGAACUACGCGAGGCGCGGGGCGCGGGCUACUUCUCCCGAAUGUGGGAUUGCUUUGCCGUGCCUCGGAUCCGCCGGGCCAACUACGGGGCCUCGACUGUCAUGCUCGCCCAGCAAAUGUGCGGCAUCAACAUCAUCUCAUUUUACAGCUCCACCAUUUUCGAACAAGCCGGAUAUAGCGCCACCCAGGCCUUGUACGCUUCGCUGGGCUACGGCGCCAUCCAGGUGGUGUUCACCAUCCCGACGGUGUUUCUGAUUGAUACCAAAGGACGUCGCACUCUUUGCCUUAUUACAUUUCCCCUGAUGUGCAUCUUCCUCCUGGCGGCUGGUCUCUCCCUGUUGAAAACCACCGGCAGCAAGGGCUCGCAGAUUGGACCCGUUGCUCUAUUCGUUUACCUGUUCACCAUUUGCUACUCGCUAGGCGAAGGGCCGGUUGCCUUCCAGUACUCGGCCGAGGUGUUCCCGACUAUCCAGCGCGAGCAAGGCAUGGCAUGGGCUGUGUGCAUCAACAAUACCUUUGACUGGCAUCUAACAACCACAGCUGGUAUCUUGAGUGUGACUUUCCCUCGGAUGCGCACCGUCAUGACUCCCACCGGUGCCUUUGGAUUUUAUGCGGGUCUGAACCUGGUCGCAUGGUUCAUGAUCUUUUGUUUCGUGCGGGAGACGAAGCAGCUCACGCUGGAGGAGAUUGACCAGGUCUUCUCCGUGCCGACAAAGAAAUACCUCCACUACGAGUUGACGGUAUGGUUGCCGUGGUUCGUCAAGCGAUACAUCUUCCGCCAGAAGAUCGAGCGCCCGCCUCCGCUGAUCGCGACGGCGGGACUGUCCGAUGACGUUGUCCAGGUCUUGUAG